AAUUUAGUCAGUAUGCGGCUUUGAUUCAUGCACGUUGAUUUACCAGAAAUUUGUGAACAUUUGGUGGAUCGUUGUCGUUCUGAAAUGAAAUGAAUUCUUUGAAUACUGACAAAAAAAAAUUUAAAAAGAAAGAACUUAGAUAAAUCGUAAAAAAAACUUCAGCAAUGAACUGAUACUUAUUGUGUGCGAUACGAGAGAGAAGAGAAAGAAUUCUUUUGUGUGAUUGUGACUGUGAUAAUUCUACAUUAAAGUGAUUUCGUUCAAAGUUUUUUUUUAGAUAAAUAGAUCUAAUGGAAGAGCCGAAGACCGAAGAGGAUCCGAAACCAGGAGAGGGCAAAGAAGUGUGGACUACUGAAAAUGAUAGCAAUGGCAAUGAAACGAAUUUAUCUAGAGUUUCGACAGCUACAGCCGCUACACGAAAAACAAUUAGACGAGAAAAUCCAUAUUUAGUAGGAGUUCAAUCCAGGUUUCGAAGAAAAUAUUUUCACAAAACAAUUUUUUCGGUACUCACCAUUAUAAUAGUUGUGUUGCUGGUAGUGAUCAUUCUUAUGGCUGUCUAUUAUAGAUACUUUGAAACAACGUGCCAAACGAAAGAUUGUCUUAGAGCUGCGGCCAAUUUACUGCAGAGUAUGGAUAGAACAGUGGACCCAUGUGAAGAUUUUUAUAAAUUCACCUGUGGAAACUGGGCCGAAGAGCAUCCAAAGCCCGAUUCGUCCAAUUCAUUUGAUUGGUUCAAUGAGAAGCAGAGCAAAAUUCUUCGGAAAAUUCGUUCAUUUCUUCAAUCGAAUGUAACAAGAGAAGAACCGAAUUCGGUUUCGCAGGCAAAAAUUAUGUACCGGGCCUGCAUGGACAUAGUGGCCAUGGAUAAGUUGGGACUGCAACCAGUCAUAGACUAUCUGAAAAAGUUUCGAUUGCCCAGCACACCCACUAUUUUGAAUAUAACCGACAAUCAUGUUGUUCAAUAUCUAAACUACUCCUUCGAUUGGGUACAAUCCAUUGCCGUCAUAAAAAAGCAGUUCGGUGGCGAUUUGAUCAUCGGAUUUGAUAUAUUUCCAGAUCCGACGAAUCGAACGAUAAUGAGAAUCGUUGUGGGAACACCCGAAUCGGAAGCGAUCUUACCAUUCAAAACGAAAUAUGAAAAAAUUUUGGCCAAAGCCGAAAGGAAACAGGUUCUAGACGAUGUUGAUGAUGAGGAAGAUAAUGAAUCGGUUGAGGCGUACAAGCAAUAUAUCGCCGAAGUGAUGGCCACUUUGGUGUUCUACGACAAUCCGUCCAUGGAUUUGGAAAAACAUAUUCCGAAUAUGAAAACCGCUGCCGAAACGAUUUUGAAGAUAAGCAAAACUAUCUACGAGAUGAACAAAGAAGCAGAAAAUUCGACUGUGAAAAAUGAAAAUGAUCCACUAGCCGACCUAGUGUUCAUUACAGCUAGAGAACUGCAAAAUCACACGGACUCGCUGAUUUUACCAAAAUCAGUGCCGAUCUGGAAGAAGUACAUGGACAUUUUGUUCGGCCAGUUCAAGGAAGUUCAACUGGAUUUAAACAGUGAACUGUUACUGACUAGCAAACCCGACAUCAUGUACCUGCAGAAUUUGGUCAAGUACUUUGCUGAGCUGCCCGCUUUGGACAUUGAAUUGUACAUUUGGUGGAAUGUCGUCGAAGAACUGGUGCUGCAUACCACUUCCGAUAUUAGAAAACUGCAUAACGACUACGCCCGUAAAAUAACGAAACUGGAAGGUGGCAUUUCCCGAUCGGAAUAUUGCACUGGCGGUGUGAAUAAGCUGUUAGGGAUGGCUGUGAGUUAUGCUAUAGCGACGCCGGAGUUUUUGAUCUACACACGGCCGAAAGUAGUGACAAUGUUGAACAACAUUCGGGAAGCAUUUAACAAUUUGGUCAGAGAGACCACCUGGAUGGAUCACGGUACAAAGUGUUCGACACUGGAAAAAUCCAUUGCCAUGGAUAGUUUGAUAGGAUUUCCGGACUGGAUAGUGCAGCCGGGAAAAUUGGACCGUUUCUACAGUGGGAUUAAAUGCAAUGAAACGACUCACUUGAAAAACAUGAUGACCGUCGUUCAGUGGGAAAUGGAACGAAAAUUGAGAAUGUUUAAAAUGACCGAUGAAUAUCAGUGGGCGACAACGCCGACGAAUGUUAACGCCUUUCAUACAUUCCAGUCGAAUGCGAUAACUGUUCCCAUAGCCAUUCUACAGUAUCCGUUCUAUGAUCUUGGUUUGGAGGCACUGAAUUAUGGAGCCAUCGGGACGAUUCUUGGCCAUGAGCUGACUCACGGAUUUGAUGAUAUGGGUCGAAUGUUUGACAAAGAUGGCAAUCUGAGACAAUGGUGGACGAAUAAAACGAUCCACGAAUAUGUGAAUCGAACUGGUUGCUUCAUCAAUCAGUACAAUGGCUACUACUUACCUGAAAUAUCCGAAUACAUAAACGGAGAGUUAACAUUGGGCGAAAAUAUCGCCGACAACGGGGGAUUGCGUGAAGCAUUCCAUGCCUAUCAACUCUACAAAGACUCAUUCGGUUCCGAGCCAAAGUUACCCGGUUUUGAAGACUAUACACACGAGCAGUUGUUGUUCAUCUCAUUCGGAAAUCUGUGGUGUGAAACACAAACAAUGUCUUCAAUAAAAUGGGCUCAACAGGAUACGCACAGUCCGGGCCGGAUACGUCUGUUGGGCGUGCUGUCGAAUUCGCCGGAAUUCAGUGACACAUUCAAGUGUAAACGAGGAUCUGGCAUGUAUCCGUUGCAACGAUGCAGGAUUUGGUAAUUCGGUUUUUGUGAUAGUUUUGGACUUUUCGUAGUUUUUCUCGAUGAAAGAGUCCUUGGGUCAGAUGAACGAAAAAUUUGUUGGCGUUUCGGUCGUCUGCCCUUCGGAACAAACGUUUAAAGAGUUGUACGUGUGAUAUUAUAUUGAAAAAAUUGUGUGGCCUUCUGAUUUGAUUCUAAGUGAAGCACCAAGUUUUAUUGUAAAAAUUAAACUUACAAAAUAAAAGCUCAGGCACUUUUAAAGUAAAAGAAGAAUAAAAAA